GCAUGUUUUACCCUUUCCUUUUCCUUUCUCCUUCCGCCCUUUUCGAUUUUCGACCUCCGCUUCGUACCUACAUUCUAUUUCCAGAUUCUGUUCUCCCCUUGUUUUUGUCGCUCUGUUUGUCUUGCUCGGUCCUGAUGCGUCUGUACGGUGGAUGGAGUGAAUGUCUAUGGGCUUGGUUUUGCUGCUUUUCUGGUGGCUUUUUAUUGUCAACGUCGCCUGGUGGGGGAGAUUGUAAUUUGUAAAGGAUGGUUUGUGGUACAAUGAAGCUAUUCUGGUACAUGGGAAUUUAGUUUGAAAGGUUCUCUUCUUGCAACAUGAGACUAGGUCCUGAUGCUAUCCAGGUGGGGGCUUGGAAUGUGGGGAAAUCAAACAGAAAGAAGAAGAAGGAUUGCGAAGCUGAGGGCCAUAGGAGCUGGAUUAAGUUUAGGUUUAUGGGAAGCUGUUUAUCUGCAAGGUCUAAAGCGGAUGGUUCCGUAAGUGGCACUAGCUCUCAAUCUGUUGUUCAAACCUAUAAUGCUAAUGCAUUUGAUUACAAUCUCUGCAUCGGCCAGCAUGUUAUAUGUUGCAUCAUUGACAAAUGGCACGUUGAUCUCCUUUAGUUUCUCCAUUUUGUUGCCUAUUUUAGUCAUGUUGGCAAAUUAUAUGGCUAUUUUCUUGUACAAUGAAAAGCUAGUUCUGUUGUUUAGUGCCACGAGGAUGUUAAAGCAUACUUUAUUUGAUUUGAUUAUCUGGUUUGGUGAGCAUGUUAUUUACACCUGUAUACUGAUCUCUUUGAUUUCUAUCCAAUGCUUUUGGUCUACCACAUGUGACAAGAUGAAUAGAUCACAUUUAAUUCUUGUUUUGUGGUGUUAGAUUAGUAAAUCCCUGCAUUUAUUAAUUUUGUUGGGUUUGCCUUUGCCUAAAUAAGAUAACUAACAUGGAUGAUAACGUGUCUGUCUUCUGUCAAGUAAACAUGUAUUUCUUAUUCUUGAUUAAUAAGCUCCCAGCUCUGGGACGUGUAGUGAUUGGGUGAUGCAGAAUGGAUUAUUGUUUGUUUCCUAGGAAGCACUUUAGGCGGUUUAAAUGUACACUCAGGUUUUAGUGUGUUUAAUUUACUGACAUCAUGAUACACCUGUGUGCUUCUUCUUCUUUUCUUUUUCUGUGAAUGAACAUAGUCCACUAUAAAGACAAAAUCAUAGCCUAAGGAGUCUUAACACAUAUAAUGCAUUAUUAUUAUAAUUGUUGUUGCUGUUGUUGUUGUUUGUUAACCUGCAGAGAGUAAAUCUACAAAUGAUACCAGCAGGGACCAACAAGUUAUUCCAGUUGUGUCCGCUUCAACCACCAGCACUGUUGAAAGCACUCCAUCCACUCCAAAUGUAGAUGAGGAACUGAAAGUUGCUUCUCAGCUUUGGAAAUUCUCCUUUAAUGAGCUUAAGUCAGCAACAAGGAAUUUUAGACCUGAGAGUUUUCUUGGGCAGGGAGGGUUUGGUUGUGUUUUCAAAGGUUGGAUCAAUGAGAAUGGAACUACUCCUGUGAAACCUGGUACAGGAUUGUCUGUUGCUGUUAAAACCCUCAACCAUGAUGGACUUCAGGGUCAUAAAGAAUGGCUUGCUGAAGUUACUUACCUUGGUGAUCUCAUGCAUCCUAAUUUGGUCAAGUUGAUUGGUUACUGCAUUGAGGAAGAUCAAAGGCUCCCGGUCUAUGAGUUUAUGCCUUGAGGAAGCUUGGAGAAUCACCGGUUUUGAAGUAUUUAGUUUAACAAACUGUUUCUAGAAAUUUAUUUACUUCGUCAUACUUUUCCACAUACAGUUGGUCUUACUUUUCUAGUGAAACGACUUCUUAGCGAGGAGUUUCAUUUAGAGUUUAAAGCCCAUUGAAACUUUGUGAUCUCAUUUAUAAAUGAGGAUGAGAAAA